AUGAGUACCAAAUAUUGUCUAGUGUUGCUCCUCGGGGUGGUGCUUCUCAACAGCACUGCCUCACUAGCUAACCACCAUGAGCCUUCUAAACAUGACCCCAAAUCUCCAUUUCACAAGCCCCCUUCUCCUCCUAAACACAAACCUCCCACCCCACUUGAUCACAGGGACAAGUCAUUCCCUAAACAUAAGCCACCUCUCAAGGGCAAAGGAGAGAAGCCUCCACCAGAACACAAGCCACCACAUGAUGGUCACCCUGAACGCCAUUUAGUUGAAAAACCAAGUUUGGAUGGUAAACCCCCUAAGAGAUUAGAAAAGCCUCCACCUCCGAAGCACAAGCCACCAACCAGCUCACUUGACAAGAAAGAGAAGUCAUUCCCAGAAUACAAACCAUCUCCUAAGGGUAAGGGAUCAGAGAAGCCUCCACCGGAGCACAAGCCACCGCAUGAUCAUCACCCUGGGCGCCGUUUAUUGGAGUCGUCUUCCCAUGAACAAAAUUCACCAAGUUUGGAUGGCAAACCUCCAAAGGGUAAGAGAGAGAAGCCACCUCCAAAACACAAACCACCUCAUUACCAUCACCCUGGACACCCUUCAGUGGAGGAUGUCAAAGACUCGCACGACACACCACAAAAGUUGAAGCCUCCAACCACGCCCGAAAAGAAGCUGCCGAGUUUCCCUCACAAGCCACCCCACAAACCUCCAUCAGCGAACUGA